AUGUACUUGAGGUUCUAUAGAGACAGCCAAACGGGUCUUCGAGUGUAUACGCUCAAGGCUGCAUCUCCUACGGGGGAGGCCACUUUCACCGCCCAUCCUGCCCGUUUCUCGCCGGAUGACAAGUACGCUGCCCAACGUGUCCUUUUGAAGAAACGCUUUGGGCUGCUCGCAGGCGCCGAAACGCCCCUAGGCAAGGACUCCGUUCACGAUGAGUAA